AUGGAUAACGAGCCGACUGUUACGAUAAAUAAUGCUGAUAAUACUGAUACGCAUUCGCAAGGUAAUGCGCCUGCUGAUAAUGCAUCUCGACACAGUUCUCGUGCCGGUUCUGCUCGUUCCGGUCGUAGUAAAGCAGCAUCAAACCGUGAAGCAACGGCCAUUGAUGUAACAGGUGAACGUAAAUCAUCGGCAACUGCUCGUGGAUCUCCAAAACCAGAUGCAGUUCCCAAUGUCGAACGACAACCGUCCGCUUUGGCAAAAUCCAAGCCUCCAUCACCCGUUAUACCGAUAAUUGAUACGCCCAGUGGUGAAUUUGAUGAUGAUGGAGUAAAUCAAGAUUCUAGUACUUACGGUCGAUCCGAAACUCAAUCUAUUAUUGAAUAUAUUCAUAAACUUGUUACACUACCUGGCUUAGAAGCCACCAUGUGGACAGAUGAAAUCCAUGCACGAAUUCGUGAUUAUCUCAAUGAACCAGAUAAUCGUAUAAUGUGUUUCUAUAUCGAUCGUGUACUUGGCCUCUGCGUUGAAUUUGGAGUGCCAACAAAUCCAUUUUCACAUUUAGUAUAUUUUAUGAAAAAUCAAUCACUACGCAUUUUUGACAAAGAACAAUUUAUUCGUGAUGUUCAAUAUGGUAAUUUUGGUGGUAAACAUUUUUCUUCACUACUUCGUUUAAUGUCUGGUCUUUAUGCGCCAUUAUUUUUUGGUAAUAAAAUGUGGCCAGAUUCAAUAAAAAAUGAUUUCGCAUCACAAUUACAUCGUUUUCUUGCUACAUUAACUGAUAUACGUUGGCGUAUGGAUGGUAUAACAAAAUUAUAUAUACCCAAAGAAGGCUUAGAUAUACCGAGCGAACAAGCCUCAAAAGAUAAAGAAUUAGUUCAACGCUUAGAAUCAGCUAUGGUACAUUGGUGUCGACAAUUGAAAGAUGUUUCACAUUCACAAGACGCAUCGAUUGUUGAUGAAAAUAGUGGUCCGUUGGAAGAAAUUGAAUUUUGGAAAGCGCGUAGUCAAGAUUUAUUAGGCAUAAGUCAACAACUUGAUCAAGAUUCGAUAAAAGAAAUCACACAUAUAUUGCGCAUAGCUAAAUCAUCGUAUUUACCACAAUUUCUUAAAUUAGCCGAUCAAUUACAGUCCAAUACAAAACGUGCUGAUAAUAAUUUAACAUUUUUACUUGCCUUAAAAGAUCCGUGCCAUGAAUUAGCUGAUGCUAAACCAAACGAAAUACCUAAAAUUUUACCUAAAUUAAUUUCUUUAAUUCGUGUUAUUUGGAUUAAUUCAGAAUUUUAUAAUCGACCUGAAAUGUUAACUGCACUCUUUCGAAAAUUGAGUAAUGAAGUUAUUCGUCGAUGUACAAUUGCAGUUGAUCUUGAUAAAAUUUUCGAGGGUCAUAUUGUAUCAAGUCAAAAGACAUUAAAUGAAUGUAUUGAAUGUUGUCAACAAUGGCAAGAAAUUUACAAUAAUGGUCAAGUACUUCAUGAAAAAUUUUCAAUAAAAGGUUGGCGUCUUGAUCGAACAACAAUUUUCGCUCAAAUUGAAGCAUUUAUUCAACGAUGCCGAGAUUUACUUGAUCUAUGCGAAUGUCAAAUGCAUUUCGCACGUUGGGAACAAGGUGUCAAAACUGAAUUACCAAUAUUUGGUGGACAACGUGGUCCAUCGAUUAAUCGAAUGUUAACGGAAAUUGAAAAUGCAUUUGAUAAAAAUCUACUGGAUUUAAGAAAAGUUCAACAUACAAUUCUAAAUGUAAAAGCAACAACUUGGCAUGAAGAUUAUAAUCGUUUCCGUUCAUCAAUUAAAGAUCUCGAAGUUAUGAUGACAAAUGUUAUUACAUUUGCAUUUGAUGCCGUUAAAACAGUUGAACAAGGUGUUGAAGUUCUUGAUGUUUUUACACAUUUAAAUUCACGAGAAGCUAUUCGUCGUACAUUGGAUAAAAAAACCGUUGAUUUGUAUAAUAUUUUCAAAUAUGUCCUACAAACAAUUCAAUCGAUUAUUUCAACAUCAUCGAUUCCUCAAUCUCUAGAUCGUUUUCAUCCACAUUACGCUGGCAGUGCGUUUUGGGCUCGAAAUUUAAAACGUCGCAUUGAACGUAUGAUGUCGUUUUUAAAUAUGGCACAUUUCUUACCUAAUGUUGGUAUUUCAUCAAAUAUUCGUCAACAAUAUGAAUAUGUCAAACAAGCCCUAGACGAUUUCAUUCAACGCCAAUUCAAAGAAUGGUCGUAUCAUAUUGAAAAUGAACCAACAAAAAAACUUGAAUGUCCACUGAUAAAACGUAUCAAUGAUGAAGGUUAUUUACAAGCGAAUUUCGAUGCAUCGUUAGUAAAAUUAUUACAAGAAAUAAAAUUUUGGGAACGUCUUGGCUUUGAUAUUCCACCGUAUGCAACUGAAAUUUUAACACGUAAAAAUGAAUUACGUACAGCACGCGAAAAUGUUAUGUUGAUUGUACGCGAUUACAAUCGUAUAUUAGAUAAAUUAAAUCCCAAUGAACGUAUUCUAUUUAAAGAACGUAUAAAACAAUUAGAUAAAAAAUUAGCACCAGGUUUAAAUAAAAUAACAUGGUUGAAACCAACACACGAGUACACAAUUGAUUGUCGUGUAAGCGCUUCGGAAUUACAACAAAACGUCGAUAAAUUUAAGCAGUCGCAUCUUGAUUGUAUUAAAUUAUGUAAAAAGAUUAGUGAAACACUUCUAGUUAAAAUUGAUACAAGAAAAAUUUUUGAAAAUCUCGAAUUCGAAGAAUAUCAAAAACAACACCGUAAAGUUGCUUGUGAAAAAAUUCGUGAAUAUUUUAAUGAAAUUUUGAAAAAAAUUGAAGAAACAUAUAAACUAUUCGAAAAAGAUCCACCCGAUGUUCAACACGAAUGGAAUCGUAUUAUUGGUGAAUUAGACAAAUGGCUUGAACGCGCUGUUCGAUAUAAUUUCAAAGCAUCGCUCGCUGAAUUAUCGAAAGCAAUUAACGGUGAUGGAAAAGCUGCGCCAGGUCCUUUGUUUAAAAUUGAAAUUAUUCUUGAACCAAAAGCAGUGGGAGAUACAACUUUAUUACGAAUCAACUUCAAACCAGAUUUAGCUACAUUGAAAGCUGUUAUGAAUAACAUUGGAGAACAUGAAUUGGCUGAUUCAAUUACAUUUCUUCAUAGACUUAAGCCAAGAACUCACGAAGAACCACUUCAUAUGUUAUUGAAUAAAGAUGAAGCUAAACAACAUUUACAACAACAAAUUGCUAUUGGACUGGAUGCCAAUGAAAAUUCUCUUGAUGCUUAUCAAAAAUCAUGGGAUGACGUACGAGAAUUGUGGGAUAUUGAUAAAGAACGUUUCAUUGCACGUUACGAAGAACGAUGUCCGGACGCAUCAUUUUUCGAUGCUGAUAUUAAUCGUUAUACUGAAGUUGCUAAUAAAGUGCAAACACGAGAAACAUUAUCAACUGUUCAAUUUGUACUUGCUGAUUGUUCUCCAUUGAAAAAUGCUUUAGUUGUUCAUUGUUUACAAUGGCAAGCGAAAUUAACCGCUCUCUUAUUGAAAUUAGCAACAGGUGGUUUAGAACAGUUAACACGCUAUAUCGAAGACAAUAGUGUUAGUGUUUUGACGCCGCCGGAAAAUCACUACGGAUUAGAAUCUAAACAAAAAUUGCUAGAAACAUUGCAGCAAGAAAUACCGGUUUAUGAAGGCAAAUUUUCACCUUUACAAGAACAAUUCACUCUACUUGAAAAAUAUGAAAAACCUGUUCCAGCUAGUACUCGCGCUAUGCUUGCACAAUUAGAUGAACGCUGGCAGCGUUACCUUCAGUGUUUAACUGAAAGCGAAGAAAUGUUGAAGAAAUUACGUGAGAAAUUCAAAUCGAAAUUAUUACAACAAUCGGAAGAAUUCAAAAAGAGCGUUGUUGAGCUUGUCAACGACUUUAAAACAAACGGUCCAUUUACAUCUUCGACAACGCCCGAAGAGGCUCUCAGUAAAAUAGAAGCUAUGAAACAACGUUUGGCUAAAUUGAAAGAAGAAGAGGCAGAACUUCGUCGUGGUCUUGGAAUAUUUCGUAUUGAUCAUCCAUUAUCUAAAGAUAUUCAAAAUCUCGAAAAAGAGAUUGAAGCAUUAGAAGGUAUUUGGUCGAUGGCACUUGAAUGGAAUCAAACGUUUGAUAAAUGGAAAACAACAACAUUCGGAAAUCUUCAAACACAAGUUAUGGAAGAUUAUGCCUAUGCGCUAUUGAAAAAAUUGGGUAAACUAUCAAAAGAUUAUCGUGAAAAAAAUUGGGAAAUUAUUGACUCAACAAAGAGUCGAGUCGAUCAAUUUAAGAGAACAAUGCCGCUAAUGACAACAUUACAUAAUCCUGAUAUGAGAAAUCGCCAUUGGAGAUCAAUUAAAGAUGAAUCUCAAAAAGAAUUCGAUGAGUCAUCCGAUGAUUUCACAUUAGAAGCCAUUAUUAAUAUGCAUUUUGAAGAAAAUACACAAACAAUUAUGGACGUUAGUGAAGCAGCAGAACAGGAAGCUAAAAUUGAACGUGGAAUUGAGAAAAUAAGAGAACAAUGGGAAACAGUUGUAUUUGAAAUUGUGCCAUUCAAAGAUAAAGGCCAUUUUAAAAUCAAAUCUACUGAAGAAAUCAAUAAAGCCAUUGAAGACAAUCAAAUGUCGUUAUCAACAUAUAAAGCAUCGCGUUUUAUUAAACCAUUCUCUCGAGAAGUUGAUAAAUGGGAACGUGAUAUAUCUCAUGUUCUCGAAGUAACUGAAUUAUGGUUAACUGUCCAACGUCAAUGGUUAUAUCUCGAAAAUAUUUUCUAUGGUGAAGAUAUUCGCCGUCAAUUAGCUAAAGAAACUGCUCUAUUUGAUGAAGUAAAUGAUAAAUGGAAAGCCACUAUGACAACAUUAAAUCAAUCACCAAAUGCAUUUCAUGCAACACAUUUAGAAGGUGUUGAUAAAGAAUUACAAUAUAUGAAUUCAAAUCUUGAAGAAAUUCAAAAGUCUCUUGAAAUGUACUUGGAAAAUAAACGUCGACAAUUUCCAAGAUUUUAUUUUAUAUCCAACGAUGAUUUACUUGAAAUUUUGGGUCAAUCGAAAAAUCCACCUGGUGUUAUGCCACACAUGAAAAAACUAUUUGAUAACAUUAAGACAUUAACUCUAGUGAAAUCAACGGGUACUGGACCCAUGUCGGCAACAGAAAUGCGUUCAAAUGAAGAUGAAACUGUACCAUUCGACGGUCAAGUUCUUCUCGAUGGACAAGUUGAAAAAUGGUUACGUGAUGUUGAAAAUAAAAUGAAAGAAGUUGUGAAACGUAAAGUUAUUGCAUGUCGUCAUGACCUAUCAAAUUGUGGUACAAAACGUGAAAAAUGGUUAAAAUCUCAUCCAGGUCAAGCAUGUAUAACAGCCAGUCAAAUACAAUGGACUGAAGAAGUACAAAAAUCUCUACGUGAAAAUGCAUUAAAAUUGAAAACCGAUCGAAAAAAGCAACAUCUUGUUCUAAGAAAUUUUACUGAUAUGAUCAAGAAAAAUUUAACUAAACUUGAACGUAUUAAACUUGUAUCAUUGGUUACCAUUGAAAUUCAUGCACGAGAUGUUAUUAAUGAUUUAAUCAAAAAUCAAAUCAAAACUGAAUCAUCAUUUGAAUGGCAACAACAAUUACGAUUUUAUUGGAGAAAAGAUGAAAUUAUUAUUGAACAAGCUAUCGGACGAUUUUGGUACGGCUGUGAAUAUCUAGGAAAUUCAGGACGUUUGGUUAUUACACCUUUAACUGACAGAUGUUACAUGACGUUAACUAUUGCGUUAUCUUUAUGUCGAGGUGGUUCACCGAAAGGACCUGCUGGUACUGGUAAAACUGAAACAGUAAAAGAUUUGGGUAAAGCUAUGGCCUUCUAUGUCAUCGUUACGAAUUGUUCGGAUGCUAUUGAUUAUAAAUCGAUGGGUCGUAUGUUUUGCGGUUAUUGUCAAACAGGUGCUUGGGGUUGUUUCGAUGAAUUUAAUCGAAUUAAUAUUGAGGUACUUUCUGUCGUCGCUCAGCAAAUAACAUCAAUCUUAAAUGCUAUGGCAACUCUUAAAGCUGAUAUUGAAAAUGCUAUUCGUUUGAAAACAAAUAUGAGCGAAGAAGAGGCAUUUGCAACAAUAGAUAAACGGUAUUUAACUAAAAAGUUUACAUUUCAAGGGCAAGAUAUUGAUCUUGUAUGGUCAUGUGGUUUAUUUAUUACGAUGAAUCCAGGUUAUGCUGGCCGUACGGAAUUACCUGAUAACUUAAAAUCAGUGUUUCGACCAAUCUCUAUGGUCGUUCCCGACAGUAAUUACAUUGCUGAAAUUAUUCUAUUUGGUGAAGGUUUCUCUGAUACACGUUUACUGGCUACAAAAGUCUAUACACUCUAUCAACUAUGUGCACAACAAUUAUCUAAACAAGACUUUUACGAUUUCGGUCUACGUUCAAUGGCUGCUGUGCUUCGUUAUGCUGGCCGUAAGAAACGUGAUUCGCCACAUUUGAAAGACGAUCAAGUCGUUAUCUUAGCUAUGAAAGAUAUGAAUGUAGCUAAAAUGACUGAACCAGAUUUACCAUUGUUUAACGGCAUCGUAUCAGAUUUGUUUCCUGAUAUUGAUACACCAGUCAUCGAUUAUUCGAAAUUUAAAACAGCUAUUGAUGCUGAACUUGUUGCUCAACAUUUACAAAAUACAGUUCAUACAGUAUCAAAAGUUAUACAAUUGUACGAAACAAAAAAUUCUCGACACUCUGUUGUACUUGUCGGUUGUACACAAUCGGGUAAAACUGCUAUAUGGCAAACUUUGAAACGUGCCAUGACAAGAAUAGCCAGUCAAGAUUCAUCGGAUGCAUUGUUUCAGCGUGUACAAGAAUAUCCAAUUAAUGCGAAAUCUAUUUCAAUUAAUGAACUCUAUGGAGCAUCGGAUUUAUCAACUGGUGAAUGGAACGAUGGUAUACUUUCGAAUAUCAUGCGAACAGCUUGUGCCGAUGAUAAAUCUGAUCAAAAAUGGAUUUUAUUCGAUUGUCCUAUUGAUGCUGUAUGGAUUGAAUCAAUGAACUCUGUCAUGGAUGACAACAAAAUUUUGACAUUGACGAAUGGUGAACGUAUUGCAAUGCCUGAACAAGUUACACUUCUUUUUGAAACUGGAGACAUGGCUGUUGCAUCACCUGCUACAGUAUCACGUUGUGGUAUUGUCUAUUGCGAUUACGACAAUCUUUCCUGGCGUCCAUUUAUAACUAGUUGGAUAAAUCGAAAACCCAAAGAAUAUCAUGAACCAUUAACAACGUUAACAAAUAAAUAUUUGAAGCCAAUUCUUCAAUUUAAACAAUUGAAUUGCAAAGAAUUAGUACCCAUAGCUGAGUUAAAUGGCGUCCGUUCAUUUUCCUAUCUAUUUGAUUCUUUAGCAACAAAAGACAACGGCGUUGACCCAAUCGAUGAAGAUAAUUUUUCACGUUUAAGUGAAUUAUGGUUUUUAUUUUCAACAAUAUGGUCCGUUUGUGCAUCGGUUGAUGAAGACAGUCGAAAAAAAAUCGAUGCCUAUAUCCGUGAAUUAGAAGGCACAAUACCCAAUAAAGAUAGUGUCUAUGAAUAUUAUGUUGAUCCUAAGCAACGUGCAUGGCUGGCAUGGGAAGACAAAUUACGUGUAGCUUGGAAAUUAAAUUCUGAAAUGCCAUUUUAUAAAAUUAUUGUACCCACUGUUGAUACGAUUCGUUACAAAUACAUUGUUGCAGCACUCAUCAAACAAGGUCAUCCAUGCUUAUUGUGCGGUCCUGUUGGUACAGGUAAAACAUCAGUUGCACAUGCUGUUAUGUCAGAAUUAGAUGCAAGAGAAUAUUCAACAUUGAUUAUAAAUAUGAGUGCGCAAACCUCAUCGAAUAUUGUACAAGAAAUUAUUGAAGCACGAGUUGAAAAACGUGUUAAAGGUGUCUAUGUACCUAUUGGUGGAAAGAAAAUGUUGAACUUUAUGGAUGAUUUUAAUAUGCCAGCCAAAGAUGAAUAUGGUUCACAGCCACCAUUGGAAUUAUUAAGAUUAUGGCUUGAUUUUGGCUUCUGGUAUGACAGAAAGAAUCAAACAGUUAAAUAUGUCAAAGAUAUGUUGCUAUUAGCUGGUAUGGGUCCACCUGGCGGUGGUCGUACAAUUAUUAGUCCACGAUUACAAAGUAGAUUUAAUUUAGUUAAUAUGACGUUUCCAUCGGCAACAGAAAUUCGGCGAAUCUUUGGUUCGAUGAUUACACAACGUUUGGCAGAUUUCGACGAUGAGUUUAAAGCCUUACCUGAUGCCUUAACAUCGGCUACUAUUGAAAUUUACGAGAAUAUCGUACAGAAAUUUUUACCAACACCAACAAAAAUUUAUUAUCUAUUCAAUUUACGAGAUAUUUCAAAGAUUUUUCAAGGCUUAUUACGUGCUGAUAGAAAAUUAAUUUCAUCAAAACAAACAAUGAUUCGUUUAUGGAUUCAUGAAUGUUUUCGAGUCUUUGCUGAUCGACUUAACGAUGAUAAAGAUCGUGAACAAUUCGGUGCCAUUCUAAGUGAAAAACUCGGUACUCAUUUAGAUGUAACAUUUCAUUCGAUUUGUCAAAAUCGAAUUCCACCGACAUUCGGUGAUUUUAUGAAUCAAGAUGGAAUCUAUGAAGACUUACUUGAUUUCGAUAAAUUAAAAAUUCAUAUGGAAAAAGUUCUGAAAGAUUAUAAUGAAACACCCGGUACUGUUCCAAUGGAUUUAGUUCUAUUUCGUGAUGCUAUACUGCAUGCAACACGUAUUAUUCGUGUUAUACGACAGCCACGAGGUAAUAUGCUUCUAAUUGGUAUCGGUGGAUCUGGAAGACAAUCAUUAGCUAAACUGUCGUCGUUUAUAUGUGAUUAUUCUGUAUUUAAAAUUGAAAUAGCAAAAAAUUAUCGUCGAAAUGAAUUUCGUGAAGAUCUAAAACGUCUAUAUAAACAAGCAGGUGUAUCAAAUCGUGAAACAACAUUCAUAUUUGUCGAUACGCAAGCUAUUGAAGAAACAUUUUUUGAAGAUAUCAAUAAUAUAUUAAGUUCAGGUGAAGUACCAAAUCUAUUCAAAGCUGAAGAACUCGAAGAAAUCAAAGCAUCCAUGGCAGCAGAACUGAAAAGAGAAGGCAUCAAUGAUGAGAACAAUCAAGAAGUUUAUGCAUUUUUACUCGAUCGUGUCAAAGCUAAUUUACAUAUGGUUGUUUGUAUGAGUCCUGUUGGAGAAGUUUUCAGAAACCGUAUUCGUAUGUACCCAUCGUUGGUUAACUGCACAACCAUCGAUUUGUUUGCUGAUUGGCCACAAGAUGCUUUGCUUGAAGUCGGUGAACGUUAUCUUUCACAAAUUGAAUUGGCUGGCGAUGAGAAGUACCGUACGUCUAUUGCACAAAUAUUUGCUACAGUGCAUAGUUCUGUUUAUCAAUGUUCAAUACAAAUGUGGGAUGAAAUGCGCCGACGGAAUUAUGUUACACCAAGUAAUUUUCUAGAAUUAACAACCGGCUAUCGAAAACUUUUGUAUGAAAAACGUAAAGAAUUAUGUGAUGCACGUGAUAAAUUAACAAAUGGUUUAGGUAAAAUUGAAGAAGCUAAAAUUCAAGUUACAGAAAUGUCAGUCGAACUCGAAAAGAAACGAGCUCUCGCCAAUGAAGCACAAAAGAAAUGCGAAGAAUCAUUGGGCGGUCUUGUUAAUGAACAACGCGAAGUCGAACAAAGUAAAGCAACAGUCGAAAAGUUAAAAGAACGUGUCAAAAUCGACGAAGAAAAAGCUUCAACCAUUGCUCAAGCUGCUCAAGAAGAUUUAGCAGCUGCUAUGCCAGCACUCGAAGCUGCCAACACAGCUUUACAAUCGUUAACUAAAAGUUCAAUUACAGAAGUUAAAAGUUAUGGGCGACCACCGUUGCCUGUUGAGAGAGCAUUGGAAGCUGUCAUGAUUCUUAGAAGUUCAGAACCAACAUGGGCUGAAGCUAAGCGUCAAUUGGGUGAUACUACGUUUAUCAAUCAGUUAAUUGAUUUUGAUAAAGAUAAUAUUCCGGACAAAAUAAUUAUGAAAAUCGGCAAAUAUACAUCUGAUCCAUUACUCGCACCACAGGAAAUUUUGCGAGUGUCAGUUGCUGCUGCUGGUCUAUUUGCAUGGGUACGUGCUAUGGAAGAUUAUUCAAAAAUAUUCAAAACAGUCAAACCCAAACGAGAUCGAUAUGAAGCAGCUAUGGCUGAGCUGAACGAAAAACGUGCACAGAUUGCUGAUGCUGAAAGACAAAUUCAAGAAGCACAAAAACGUCUCGAUGAACUACGAGCUAAUUAUGAAAAACAAAUGGCUGAAAAAGAACAAUUGCGUCGUGAUUGUGAGCAUAUGCAAAUGAUGCUUGAAAAAGCGUCUCGUCUUAUCAACGGUUUAGCAAGUGAAAAAGUUCGUUGGGAAGCCACUGUAGCAGAUCUUGAACAACAAAUAGGUUAUGUUACUGGUGAUUGUUUACUAGCUGCGGCUUUUCUUUCCUAUAUGGGCCCAUUUCUUUCACAAUAUCGUGAUCAUAUGAUGAAUGAAAUUUGGUUAAAAGAAAUUAAAAAAUUGUCCAUACCAUGCAAUCCGGACUUUAAUUUUGCAAAUUUUCUAUCAGUACCAACACAAGUACGAGAUUGGAAUAUUCAAGGUCUACCAUCGGAUACAUUUUCGACAGAAAACGGUGUCAUCGUUACACGUGGAAAUCGUUGGCCUCUAAUGAUUGAUCCACAAGCUCAAGCUAUCAAAUGGAUAAAAAAUAUGGAAAUGUCCAAUAAUUUACGUCUUCUUGAUUUACAAACACCAGACUAUUUACGUAUUAUUGAAGAAUGUAUUCGUUCGGGUCGUCCAUGUCUCUGUCAAAAUGUGAAAGAAGAACUUGAUCCAUCUCUAGAUCCUGUUCUAACCCGUGCUGUUAAACGUAUUGGUGGUGUUGAUAUUUUGAAAUUAGGUGAUCGUGAAGUCGAAUAUAAUAAAGAUUUUCGAUUUUACAUGACAACUAAAUUACCUAAUCCACAUUAUGCACCUGAAGUAUCAUCGAAAGCAAAUAUAAUUAACUUCGCUGUAAAAGAACAAGGUUUAGAAUCUCAACUACUUGGUAUUGUUGUACGAGAAGAAAAGCCUGAGCUAGAAGCUGACAAAGAUAAAUUAGUACGUGGUAUUGCUGCUGGUCGAAAGAAACUUAUUGAACUUGAAGAUCAACUAUUACGAUUAUUGAAUGAAACCAAAGGUUCAUUGCUGGAAAAUGAUGAAUUAUUAUCAACACUUGAAAUCUCGAAACAAACAGCUAAAACUGUACAAGAACAAUUGAUAACAUCUGAAGCAACAGAAAAAGAUAUUGAUGCUGCUCGAGAAAAUUAUCGACCAUGUGCUGAACGUGCGUCUAUUCUAUUCUUUGUACUUAACGAUUUAGGAAAAAUCGAUCCUAUGUAUCAAUUUUCGUUGGACGCUUAUAUUGAUUUGUUCAAUAUAUCAAUUAAGAAAAGUCAGAAGUCUGCUAAACUUGAAGAACGUUUAACGAAAUUAAAUGAUUUUCAUACAUAUGCCGUUUAUAAAUACACUUGCCGUGGUUUAUUCGAAGCACAUAAACUACUUUUUUCAUUCCAAAUGUGUAUUAAAAUUCUUGAAGCUGCCGGAAAAAUAAAUAUGGAUGAAUAUCAAUUUUUUCUACGUGGCGGUGUGGUACUUGAUCGUGAAUCACAAAUGGACAAUCCAAAUCCUCAAUGGUUAGCUGAUUCAUCCUGGGAUAAUAUAACUGAAUUAGCUAAACUAGCAAAUUUUCAUGGUAUUAUUGAGUCAUUUGAACAAUACCCAAGAGAUUGGUUUCAAUGGUUUCAAGCGGGUGAACCUGAAAAUACGGCAAUGCCAGGUGAAUGGGAUUCAGUUAAUGAAUUACAAAAAAUGUUGAUUGUUCGCAGUUUACGUUCCGAUCGUGUACCCUUCUGUGUAACGAAAUUUAUCAUCAAUAAUUUAGGCUCGAAAUUUGUUGAACCACCAAUUCUUGAUUUAAGCUCAGUUUAUGAAGAUUCAUUACCGAAGACACCAAUCAUAUUCGUGUUAUCACCUGGUGUUGAUCCAUCAGCUAACUUAACAGUUUUGGCAGAAAAAAUGGAUUUUAGAAAAAAUUUUCUCCCGUUAUCACUCGGCCAAGGACAAGCACCAAUAGCUACGCAAAACAUUGCUGAAGGUGUUCGUUUGGGCAAAUGGAUUUUUCUUGCCAACUGUCAUUUAUCACUAUCGUGGAUGCCGGACUUAGAAAAAAUUGUUGAAAAUCUAUCUAUUGAAAAAGUACAUCCACAAUUUCGUCUAUGGUUAUCAUCAUCGCCAUCGCCGCACUUUCCUAUUUCAAUUCUUCAAUCGGGUAUUAAAAUAACUACAGAACCACCGAAAGGUAUCAAAGCAAACAUGAAACGUUUAUAUGCAAUAAUUGAUGAACAAGAUUUUGCUGAGAAAAGCCGUCAAGGACGUCCUGAAAAAUACAAACGUCUACUGUUUUGUCUUUGCUUUUUUCAUUCAUUACUAUUGGAACGUAAGAAAUUUCUUCAACUUGGCUUUAAUAUUAAUUAUUCAUUCAAUGACUCCGAUUUCGAAACAUCAAAUUUGAUUAUGGGCAAUCUAUUACGUGAACAAGACAUGACACCAUGGAAAGCCAUGAAAUUCAUUAUAUCGAAAAUAAAUUACGGUGGUCAUGUUACUGACACACGUGACAUGCGUGUAUUGAAUACGUAUAUUGAAGAUUUAUUUAAAGAAGAUGUUAUCGAUCCUCAGGUACAAUAUUAUAAACUAACAAAAUUACCUAAUUAUUAUGUGCCACGUGAUGGAACAUUAAAUGAAUAUAAAAAUGCUGUUGCAACUGUAUUACCAAAUUCGGAUCAUCCCGAAGCAUUUGGUCAACAUACAAAUGCUGAAGUUGCAUCACAAAUUCGUGAAGCACGAAUGUUAUUUGAAACUCUAUUGUCUCUCCAACCACAAGUUGUUGCUGUAGAAGGUAAAAAAACGACCGAAGAAGAAGUUAUGGAAAUGUCAACACGAGUAUUAGAACAAUUGCCAGAGAAAAUCGAUUAUCAAUCCACAGUGAAGAUUUUAUCUGAAGAUCAUUCACCAUUGAAAGUUGUCCUAUUGCAAGAAAUUGAACGCUACAAUAUAUUAUUAGAUGUUAUAAGAGCAUCAUUAAUAUCAUUACAGAAAGGUAUCAAAGGUCUGGUGGUUAUGUCAGCAGAUUUAGAAGAAAUCUUUCGAUGUAUUCUUGAAGCACGUGUACCAACACAAUGGCAAAAAAUGUACCCAUCAUUGAAACCAUUAGCAGCAUGGACACGUGAUCUUGUCCAACGUGUUGAUCAAUUAGCUAAAUGGGCGCAAAGUGCACAUGCACCGUCCAUAUUCUGGAUGUCUGGCUUUAGUUUUCCAACUGGUUUUCUUACGGCUGUUAUGCAAACAACAGCACGUACAACAAAAAUCAGUAUCGAUCGUUUAAUAUGGGAUUUUGAAGUCAUGAAAGUGGAAGACAAUUAUUUGCAAACACCAAAAGAUGGCGUCUAUGUCAAGGGAUUAUUUUUAGAAGGUGCAGGAUGGGAUAAGAAAAAUGCUUGUCUCAUUGAAGCUGAGCCCAUGCAGUUAGAAAUAGCGAUGCCAACGAUUUUAUUUCGACCUGCGGAAAAUAAGAAAAAAACUAUCGCAACUGAAGAAGAUCGAGAAAGAAAAACAGAUGUUUACUCAUGUCCAGUAUACUAUUUUCCAAAUCGUGCUGGUGGCUUUGGUCAUCCAUCGUUUGUUGUUGAAGUUAAUUUGAAGACGCCACAUUUUCUCAAUAGCCAUUGGGUGAAACGUGGUAGCGCAUUACUGAUGAAUUUAGAUCGAUAA